UUCUCAUGGCCACCUGACAGCUCUGUUUUUGUAUUGCCAUUUAUCUUUUUUGUGGCCUACCUUUCUUUCUUUGGGCUUAUUUCCAGAAAUAGUAAGUUAGGAGACUUUGCAGGCACAAAGAAGAACCUUUGCUCUUUGUCAGAGCUAUGCAAACAGAUGUAUCCUGGUUAUUAACCAUUUGCUAGAUGCCACCGAUCAUACCUCUCCACCCCUUAUUCAAACUAGACUUUGCUACUACAGCUCAAAACAAAGUAGGAAGUUAGAGAAAUGUUACCCAUGAUAAUGUAUUUGAUAAAUUUUUCAGCAAAUUGUAAGCCAGUCCACUCCUUGACAUGUUUGAUUUGCUGCAGCAUGGACACAAAAAACGUUUUUUUAAAGGUAUCAUUGAUCUGAAUAUGUAGAUGGCAUUUAAAUAGUUUUAAGAAAAACAAGAGUGAGUCAGCAAACCAAAUAUUGUCCCAUUGGUAUUUGGAUACAAUGUGGAUAGUAAAAGAAACUGCAUCUGACUUGCUACAGGUGGUGUAUGAAAUGCCCCGCCUCUCCAGAGCAAGGGAUGCAAAUAGGUACUCUAAAGCUAUCAUUUUACACUUGAUCCUUUGGGCAAAGAGGCGUAGUCAUUGGAUCACAGCAGCUCUUUUACAAUGGAAACCAGACAGCUUCAUGCAGCUGAGGCUUUUAGACAAUAGCUGAAAGGUUCAUUCAACCAACGUUUGCUGUCUUAUUUUUUUCAGCUAUGCCAAUUGCAGACCUUCUCGGAGUCCAGUUCGACAUGCAGCUGCUGGUGAAACUUAGUUUCUCUGCUGCUGCAGUGCUGCUGGUUUCUUGGGCCUACAGAUUCUACAGAUCCAGAGACGUGAGGAAAAUUAAACCUUGUGGCAAAGAAAACAGAGAGACAGAAAAUUCUGCCAGCCACGACUACAAGAGGACACAGCAGCAUCUCUGUUUUCAAGACGAGGACGAUGAUGCCAAGCAAGACUUAGCUACUAAUGACUUGGAAUCCAACAGCACCAAGGGAAUACUUAAUAAAUCUCAUCUACACCAAGUUGAAAAGAGUAAGAAUGUAUUUAGUAGUUUAAAUAAUGAUCAAAAUAAAUACAUAGGGAAGGAGAUGCUUCGUCAGGACCAACCAACUGUUUGCCCAAGUAAUAUUUCAAUUGGAUCUACUUUGAAGAUACAUGAUCCAACAGAUUAUGGAAUGGCAGCUAUUACUGGACGUCGCUCUCCUUGCCGUUUGAAGAAGCUAGAUGGUGGAGUGGGUGUGAGCAGAGAGUUAAGACAGGAUUUGGAGCACCAGGGGGUCUACUCCACCUUCCUCUCUAAGGCGGAGAUCAAAGUAGAAGAUGCCAAGGUAGUACUGGAAGGAUCAGGAGACAAGAUUGUGAGUGGAAAAAUAUAUGACUAUUAUGUUGAAUCUUCCUCUCACUCAAUAACAGAUUCAAAAACUUUGCUUGCCCAGUAUGAGCUGAACACUGUCUCAAAGAAGAACUAUGGAACAGAGGACACCAGCUUCAUUGAUUCUCCUGUAAGUCCUAUUGUUAUGCGUGAUUUGGUUCUUCCACAAAGUGCUGUUGUGGAAGACUCCUUGCAAGGACGCCUGAGGCACCCUGAAAGGCCUUCACUCCUACGCAAGGAGAGCUAUAUGUCUGCAGCAGAACAGUCUGAAUCUUCCAUCCACUUUCGGAUUUCAACACAAUCAAGCCCAGUGACUCACCAUGGGGCCUCAGCAGAUAAUGAGACCAUCUAUCUUCAAAAAUCUACAGAUAAAGUACAUAAUAUGAAGGAGGUGACUGAUGUAGAGACUGUAGGAAGUGGUUCAUUCUCGGGUCUUCCAGCAGAAAUAUUCCUCAGCACAGAUCUGGAAAUUUUGAAAAGUAAACUUAAUCUUGGAAACUGUUUAGAGAUACUUCAUCUUGCCAAGAAAAAGGGGCAAAAAUCUGUUCAGCAAGCAGCCCUGGAGGUCAUGUCAGACAACUACCUACAAGUGCUUCGGGACCCCAACCUUUAUGGACGGCUAAUGGCUGAUGAGCGGGAACGAAUUCGGAAGCAGAGAAUGAGAGCGAGAAGGUUUGUCAUAGUUGCAGAUAUGGACCCUCAAGAUUGCUUCAGAAAUACAGCAGCACAGAGAGCAAAAUCAGAACAGAGGAGCACAUCCAGUGCAAUGUACUUUUAUGAUGACUACAAAGAUGUCUGGCAUUCUCUUUGCCUGAUCCCACAGGAGGUCAUUUCUAAAGCCUGUGCUAUGUGCACAAUGGAUAACUACUUAUUUGUGGCAGUAGGUUGUCAAGGCAGUGACAGAGAAAUGACGCCUUCAAAGAGAGUGUUUUGCUACAAUCCUUUGACAUCCAUUUGGAAAGAGAUCUGUCCUAUGAAUGAAGCCAGGCCCCGCUGUAAACUGGCAGCACUGGAUGGCUACAUCUAUGCCAUCGGAGGGGAGUGUCUCUCCUCUGUGGAGCGCUAUGACCCCCGACAGGACAGAUGGACAUUUGUGGCUCCACUGCCUAAUGAUACCUUUGCUGUUGCACAUCAUGUGACUGUGUGCAGUGGAGAGCUCUUUGUUUCUGGGGGUACUCUUAGAUAUAUUUUACUUCGCUACAACCCCAAAACCAACACCUGGAGGCCAAGUCUCAUGGUAGGCAGCAAAGAUAGAUCUAUAGAUAUGGUUGCUGUGGGAAGAUUUCUCUACAGAUUUGACAUAAACCCAUUACUGGGAGUCAGUGUGUUCCGCUACCAUACGGUGGCACGACUUUGGUAUGAGUGCAGCACCAAGCGAAUUCUGCACUGCCCGGCCUUCCAGUGUGUCGCAAUGGAUGGCACAGUUUACUGUCUCAGCCGACACUUCACCAUGAGAUUUGACGCUGAUGAGAUCUCUCCUGCUUUUGCAGAUGAGGAGUUGAGUGUCCUCUCUGAAGCAAAGGGCUUACUCUUCCCCUUUAUCCUUUCACUACCUGAUAAGAAUCCUCGACAGACAAGUGUGUAAAAAGGACAACGCUUUUUUUGCUGAUAAGAUUUGGUAGUUACUGAGUACUUGUACAAGAGUUAUUACAUUACGGUAAUAACUGACUGGGGGGAUUUUAUUGUCUUACAAAAAAUAUCACCACAAGCUGGUAAGCCAUUUACUUGAAAUCUUAUUACUAUACCCUCUUCAUAAAACCACAGCACAUCAGUUUAAUAAAUAACUUUAUUUUGUUUUUUGGACUAGGUAUUAAACAAAGAUGUGUUGUUUGUUAUGUUCUAUCCUUGGCAGUAGAUAUAAAAGAUUAGACUUUUAAUGAUAGUCAAAUUACUAUUUGCUUAGAUUUACGCAGGAAUUGCUGCCAUGUUAAUUGUUUGCUGCUUUGAUUUGCCACUUCUUUCUCCCAUUCUGGUAGUUUAAUGCCAUCCCAGAUGCCUAACUUCAUUCCAGUAAAAGAUAAUUCAUUUAAACAAUCUAGAGUAAAUUAGUUAUUCAAAUUUGAAGACUCAGAGUUUGUGCAAUAAACUGAUAAUUUACCUCUGUGCUCAACUGUGUGAGUCAUGAGUAUAACUUAUGCAGUGGUCUGGAUACAAUGCUAUUAUCUGAAGCUGCUCUUGAAGGAAAUGACAGACUGUAAAUGGCUAUGCCAUAAGAAUGAAUGGUUUGCUUCCAAAACAUUUGUCACAUUUUAAUCUCUGCAGCAUUUACAUUUUUGCAGGUAUUUAACACUUUAAUAAUUCUUCUUUCAUGACAAAAAAUGCUUUAUCAACUCAUUAAGUGGAAUCAUUUUCUUGUAACAGUCAGACAUAUUUACCUUGUAACCUAUUUUUAUAAACAUCAAAUAAAAACAAACGUAUCUCUCACUGUUCAUGAACCCAGUUAUUGACUGUCAACAAGAAACCUCUUAAUUUUUGUUUUUCUUGAAACAGGUGACAGAAAGAUAAGUAUAAUCUAAACAAUGUAUUGUAAACAUUAACAUGUACUGAAAUUUAUUUUGCAAUGAAGUUUCUCACAAUACAAACUGAAGCCGUACACCUGAAAGAUAUAGAGUGAUAUGCCGCUACAGCGCCAUCAUGUGGUUCAGAAAGCUAACAAUAGUGGCCUUUCAUGAAUGCAGUUGAAGACUUACCAUAACACAAGGACAUAAGGCUCAUGGGACACUUAGGGAAUGGUGCAGUAGUAUGACUAACCAGAUUACACAGGAAGAAACAAACCUGAUCAGGAAGGCAGCAGGAAGUGAAAGCACGUCUCCUUAGAGGCUUCUGAUUUGCCUCAUUACCUAAAUUAGAUCUAUUUUGAACAGUUAUUUCAUAUUUGUCUUUUUUCAUAACUUCCAUAGAUCUGGUAUGAUUUAGAUAUCAGAGAUAUCAUUUAUUUACUCAGUUGUCCUUUUUUCUUCCUACAUUGUGAACACUUGUGCACUUAAUUGAUAAAGAUCUUCACAGAAAAAAAAACUUUUUAUUGUUUUAAAUUCCUAAGCUGUCUUUUCAGUUAAGAAUGUUGCAAUUUUAAUAAUGAAAAUAUUUCCUAAAACUCCAAACCACUUCAAACAUAAAAACAAUGGAAAAAAUCUUCAACCAUAUUGUUCUGCCAAUUUUGUUUUGUCAUCACAUCUUGAGUAAAACAAUAACCUGAAACCUGUAAAUAUGGAUUCUCGCUCAGAUUUAGAUCAUUGUUGUUAUUGACAGCAUAUUCAUUGUCAAUAACAGACACCAAGUGCAUAAAGUGGGUGAUUUUGGUAUACUGACCUGUAAGUGGUAAGCGAUGGAAGUUGUGAUUUCUGCUUUUCCUAAUAGUCAUCCAUCGACUGCAUUGGGCCUGAGUUGAUUGAAAACAUUGUAAAAAUAAUAGAAAGAAAACUGUCAUGUUACAGCAGUCAGUGAUUGCACACAUGACUGAAUUGGAGCAAUAAAAUACAUCUGGGACACUCUGGUUUUAAAUGUCAAUGAACAGAGUUUAAUUUAUUUUGUCAAUGCCAUAAAAGAGAUGGAUACCGAUGUUGGUACUUCACAGCAUGCUUCACAUGUAUAAUCUCUACACCACAGCCUUAUUUGCAUAUUAAAUUGUUGUCUUGCCAGGAAUUGGCUUGUUCAGCCUCCCAGACUGAAAGGUGGUGCUGGGAUUCUAGGGUUGUAGUGUUGGCAAAGAACUAUCGGUUUUAUGUGCAUAGAACUGUUCAGAGUCUGUUGCCAAAUAAAGUGAGGGCAAUAAGGA